AUGAUACACGAUCCUGAACUUGAACAUAAAAUUGAUACUGAAGUAAAAAUGAUUGAUGGUAUUGGAAAACUAUUGAAUGUUGCUACAAAUCCCAUGCAAAUAAUUGAAUGUCACAAAGCAUUAAUUGUUUCACAACAACGUAUGUUAGCCUAUAUGGCUGAAAUACAACGAAAACAACAAAAACUUUUGUCAAAAGAUGAUAAUAAUUUAGUGCCAACGAAAGCUGUCAUCACUAUUUCAGAUAUUCGAUUUCCGUUAACAUGGACUGAUUUAAAAGCGAAAGCAGAUCAAAAAAAGUUUGCUGUAUUCUGUUUGGCAAGAAUUGGUACUGUAGUUCUUGAUACAUCUAUGAAAUAUAUUGAUCGUCAAGCAGCUGAUAUUCUUUUUACAGACAAAUUAAUCUUUGAUAAUGUUCCACAUAAUUUUCAAUUAACAUUUGAAGUUUAUGCUUUGAAUACAAGUCUUGCUGUAAGUUCAUCGGCAAAAGAUUUUGCCAAUCGAUACAGUUAUUUUAGUACACAUGGUUCACCAAAAUUAGCAAGAAAAAUAUUCAAUGGAAAUCAUUCAUCAACAACAACGAAAAAUAAUGAUAAAUCAAAACAACCUCAAUCAAAAUUUGAAUUGAUUGGUGAAAUGAUAUUAACAAAAAAUAAUGUUUGGAAAAUAGCAAAAGGACGUCAAAUUAAUAUUAUUAAAAAAGAAAAUGCACUAACGCAAUUACCAAUAGCAAAUAUUUUUCAUAUGCGUUUUGUUGCUCAACCACAUUGUUAUACGAAAACAGCUUUCGUAGGUUUUGCUGAAAUCAAUAAUAUUCCGUAUACAUGUACAUUAUUAUCCGGUUUCUUGGUUGGUGAAGAAUUAACAAGAUAUCCUGUUGAAGAUUCUAUAAAUUUAUAUCGAUUUUCAACUCCAAUUACUCCCGAUACAUUGAUAUUAUCUCGAAAUAAUGGUCACUCAUAUUCAUUUUCUGUAUGUAAUAAAGGAUAUGAUCAAGAUGAAUUUUUUGUUCAAGAUCAAUUUACUUUUAAUAAUUGGAUACGUGCACUUCAACAACAUAUUGUUGAUCUAAAAGCAUGGCAAAUUUGUUUGGAACAUAUGCCAAGACGAUUUUCUCAACCUGUUUCAUCAGUACUUUCUGCACCACCAAAAGCAAAUUUAAGAACAAAAGCAAGAUCUUUAGACAAUAUAAACCACACAUCUAGUAGUAUUCAUUUUACUAUUGACAGAAUGACCGAUCCAUCGUGUCAUACAAGAUUAUAA